GUUGUUCGCCACGCCCACUCCGUAGCACAAUACAAACAUGGCACACAUAAAUCCAUAGAUCGACGUCGAAAUUUUCGUUUCCGCGGCGAAUUCGGCGCUUCCGCCGACCAAACUUUGCUGUCGAGCGUCAGCUGUGAUUUAGCAGAUGCGAUGCGGUUCAACAAGCAGGAGAUGUUCAGUUUCGCGAAACAACCCUCGCAGAAUUUCGACAAGGAAGGGGUGUUGCUUCUUAAGGAGCGCCAAGAUGGAUUUUUCAAAAGGACAGAAAGUAAAGACAGCAUAAAAAUUAAGCAAAGAAGUAGGAAUUCAUCUAGCAACCUGAUCUGUGUUGGAUCUGCCAAAAGAGUCAGCAGCGAGCGAUGGUGUCGGCUGCGGGGCAACAUGCUUUUUUACUUCAAAUCUCGAGAGCAGUGGUCUGAGCCAGCUGGAGUUAUUCUGGUCGAGGGCUGCACGAUUAAACUCGAGCCGGCAACCAUGAACGACGGCUCUUACGGAUUCGCCCUCGUUUUCGAGGGCGGCGUCAGCCAGCACCUGGCAGCUUUGACCGUGGAAGAGCGGGACCGAUGGGUGGCCGCGUUGCAACUGGCAGGAUACGAGACCAUGCGAGCACAAAUUUCAGCUAUGAAACAAGAACUCGACCUGAGGUACGGAGGCCGAGAAAUUGAACUUGAGGUUAAUACUUGGAGAGCUAGGCGUGGAAGAUUAAUUGAUCCUUGCGAGGCUCCUUUGUGUGAAGUUUCCUUCUCCUGUGACAAUCUGUUGUGUGAUGGCCACGGAAAGCCACCAAAUCCAAUGUUAUGUCUUCACGUUUUCAUGCCAUACGAGGGUCGGUGGGUUCAGUACGCAAGGACUGAGGUUGUUAAGUGUAAUAGCAACCCAAACUUUCUGCACACGGUGGCUUUGAGGGCAAGUGAUGGUCUAGUUAGGGAAUCAAAACUGCGCAUAUCUCUGUACAACGUGAGGGAGCCUAUUUCGCAGGUUGCCACGCUGCUAGGUAGGGCGGAGUUGCAGCUGAAACAACUCAUCCAGGACGACGCUGGCUGCAGUGUCAGGCUCGCAUUGAAAUCAAUCACUCCAAACAUCGAGGCUUACACCACCGGGUUUGUCACCGCCACCUCUUGGACCUUGAAGGUGGAAAACAGUCACACCAGCACAGAGUCGACCCCGUGCAAAAGUCCCUUGAAGCCGGACGCAGUAGUUUACUCGCAUCGCCGCUCUUAUUCUCUCCCUUCAAGACUGGGCACCAAAUUGAGUCUUCCGCAGCAAGGAGAGCUGAACAAGAUAUUUACGUCACCGUUCAUUCGCACAUACCGAUUUCACUCGGGCCUCGGAGGAGACAUUUGUGUCCACGAAAUGAUGGCCGAGUCGAGAUUAUCAUUCACGUUUCCUCAACAACUCCUGCAACUCUGGAUAAAUGAUGAGAAGGAAUUGCUCCAGGAGGUCGCUGGAAUGGGAGAGCUCCGCGAUCCGUGGCAUUCCAAGCAGAUCCAGUUACUCGACCGACACCUCCACCUCCUCCACAUGUACUCGCAAGCAAAGCAGAAUCUCCAAAAUAACAAGGAUCGUAACUUCAAACCAAGCUGCCAGAAAGAUGAUCGCUCCCUUGAAUUUGUGCCAAUCAACCUGCACCUGCAGCGGAUGUGGGUGCAGAACGACACGCUGCGGCGCACCGGCCUCUACGACGUCAUUACCGUGGGCGCCUUCACCAGCCACGCAAACAAGUGCAAGGCCGGCGGGCUGCUGAGGCUGCUGCAGCAGAUCAAGGAGGCCGAGUCGAACGCCAACGAGGACGAUCAGGGGCCGAGCCGCAUCUCGAUGGCGCACGACGCCGUGCAGGCCAUCAAGCAGCUGAGACGCGAGGUUGUCGAGAGUAUGCGCAGCUUAAUGAAGUUAGCCAAGGAGAAGCAGACGCAGGGAAUGCUUCCCAUCUGCGAGGAGCUAAUCAAAAAGACGAAAAUUCUGCUGAGCUUGUGGGACACGAGUCUGGUCGAGGAGGCUAUGAGUUUCUUGGAAGAGUUCAAAGUUAGCUCCACCCUGGAAUGUGAUAAAGCUGAUAUUCUCACGCCCUAUCGCCGAAUUACUCAACAACUUCUGAACUUCAAGCCGCUGCCUGAGGACGAGCUUCUCAGCCCUGAUUUGAGCACGCCAGUCGACGAGAGGCUUCGAUUGAUCAACUGCUGGACAACUGAUGACGGCGACACUCUAACCGCUGAAAUCGUCCACGUUGGUGAGUCGGUGUUGGUGGACGGCAACAAUUUGCUCGAAAUUCCGCUUCAUUGUGAAACUGAAGAAACCGUGAUCAAGAUCCUGGAUCACGACGAGAGUAGCAAAAGCAGUCUUAACGACGACGCCUCUCCAAGCGGCGAAAACGAAAAGGACAAGGAGAACAGCGUCGUCGACAUCGUAAUUCGCAAUGAUUUCAACGCCGACCUGGAAAAGCUUGAUGACGAAAUCAAACAGAUCAUUCCCGCGGACAGCGGUCCAGAGUCAAUAUCGCGACAGUUCCUAGAUACUCAGGCCAUGUGCAACUCUCCCACCGCCAAUUACUACAAGCCAACGGACGAACCUGAACCGUGGGACCUGACGCAGCUCAACAUCGAGGCUUCUAUGAUGUGUUUGGUAUCGAAAGUCAAGUUUCUCUGCGGCAGAGUAGGCAGUCCCGCCGUCCGGCUCAGGACGCAAAAUACCAGGAAACUUUCCUCGCAUUCCAGUUCCUCCGAGGGCAUCAAAGAUUCCGAUGGGAACGUCAAGCGCAUAAACAAGUUUACGGAAGGCUUGGAUUUUGCGGCGAUGGUUGAUUGGGCGGCCGAGUUACGACCGCCGAUGCGCAAACUGCGUCAGGCGAUGGAUGGCUUGCUGAAGACGGCACGCCUCACACAUUCCGUGCUCAGGGUGCAGCAGGACUCGAGGGCAGCUAUGAAGGCGUGCAGCGUUCAGUACAGAAGGGACAUUUGCUUCUCACAAGCGCUGACGUCGCUGGUGACAGGGCUGAUGGCCAAGUUGUGGUGCUCCAAGCCCGACCCAAAAUUCCUUCUAGUCUUAAGCACACUUGGGCCGCUGGUCGAGUUUGAGGCCCUGCUCAGCUACCACGGCGACGAGAUUGCCAUGUGGGGAGACAUGGUCGUGGCAGUUGAAGACCUCUGCACUGUGACAUUUACUCUGGUGCACGCGAGCACUGAACGGCCUGCUGGCUCGGCCCAAGAGACCAGACCAAACAUUGUGCCAAGAGUGACCGGUUCGAGGGCGGCACUGAACGUCAUCGUGCCAGUGCCAGAGGUCGUCAUGUCCCUUCUUCCACCGCCGCCAGCUGGUGCUAAUCGAUCUUUCAACGUCACUCCGGUGUUCUUCAACAUCGGAAUUAAUGAGAAGGCAACCCUGGCUGAAGGCCUGGGCAAAACGAAACCGCAGGAGAAGAGCAACAUUGACAAUUUUGAGCGGCUCAACGACUAUUACAAUCGAUACAAGAAAAUCAGUGAUUCCAGUCUCUCCGGCUACAACGAACCUGGAUUGCGAAGCUCAUACGGUGCUCCACCUCUAGCUAGCGUUGUAGAAAAACUGAAGACCGCAGUGCACAACAAAAAAUCCAAAAACGUAGAAAUCCUGCAGUUGGCAUCCACCAUUUGCAGGGCGAUGAGCGGACUUAGGUUCACGAGCUGCAAAAGCGCCAAAGACCGGACGGGCAUGGCCGUGACCCUGGAGCAGUGCAACAUCCUGCUGUCCGAGUACAACCUGUCGGACGGCGAGCUGCAGCGCGCGCUCGACUGCCUGCGCAGCGAGGGCUGCCGCAUGGAGAACACGCGCAAGAACAUCGGCGUCAGCAAGUACGCGUUCAACACUCUUCAGCUUCUCACCUUCCCCAAGCAGUACAGACCUCCGGCAGGUACUUACGGAUCCAAUGAAACGUAGAGCUUCCCCCCUCUCUCCCCCUCUUCCGAUCAGUAGCGCCAGAGGAGCCUGUCAGUGUUGUCAACCUUUUUCGGCUGAAUCGCGCAUGAUGCCAAGAACGUGACGUGAACACCAAAAACUUGAUUAGAUUGGCUGGUUGAGUGCACAUUUUCUUUUUAAAACUGAGUCUAAGUAGGUUUAACCACAAUUAUUUAUGUUUAAAGCUAGAGAGACAAAUAAUGUCAUGAUAAUUUGACCUAAAGUGGAUCUUUUUAGGGAAAUAACUAAUUAAUAAUAAUUGCAUUUUCAGCUCUGACGAAAUAAAUUUAUUUCUUUUUGAGAAAUUUAGCACACAUCCAGCUCUAGAAUUUGCAAUGAUUUUAAAGAAGGUUGAGUAACAAAUAAAUUUCGGGUUUUUCAAAAUGUUUUGAAGAUGAAAUAGUUCAGUCAUUGAUUUUUAUGCAGUUUACGAAUUAUGAGCUAAAUUUUCCUUCUGAUGGAAUAAAUAAUCAUGGGUGUCAAUAGGGAAACACUAACUUCUCUUUGCUUGAAUUUCAUACAGACUCUGGAGCUGAUUUUCUCAAAAUUUGAACAGUUACCUGGGAAAAUUAAAGCUAUUUCCCAAUUAACGUAGAUUAUUAUAAAAAAUAUAACAAUAAGAUUGAUUUUUUUAUUUAGAUCCACUUUUAGAACUGUCAACAGCUUUAGUAUUUGUUAAUUAAAUAAAUUCUCUAUAAGUGAAUUCCAAAUUUUUUUUAAUCUUAGUCUUUCAAUCGAAUUUUUUAGUCUGAAACGGCCAGCCAAAAUAUAAAAAUACGAUUUUCGGUGCUCAAAUCACGUCCUUUGAGAGCAGCUGUGUUAAAAAGCACCUUCUGAACGACAAAACAAAAGUACUGAUCUACAGAGCACAAAACUUGCUCAUUCACGAGUACAUUUUAACCAUUGACUUAUCUUUACAAACACAAACACACACACUCGUUUUUGCCUUACUUAAGUAAUUUUUUCUGGUCAUACUUCUAUCGCUUGUAUUUAUUAAAAAUUAAAAAAAUGUGAUUUAUGUACCUCUUUUUAUCAAAUCACUUGUGAUUAUUAUUAAUAUUAUUUGUGAAUGUAUAAUCGGUGCUAGCAGCACCAGUCAACGCUUUGAUUAUUGUUCGAAACUAUCACAUUCUCUGUUACUUAAUGUAUCUAAUUCAUAGCGUCUGAAUUUUUUAGAACUCGAUUCGUCAUGUUUAUCCCCAAUGAUAUUGUGCUAUUUACACAUAUACACGACAAAAUCUUUGUAGUUCUUAACAUUUUCAGAGGAAUCUUACCUUGUUAGAGCCUUGCAGAAAAAAUAAAUCACUGUUAAUACAA